UCCCAAAUCGGCACCCACCAUCGGCCUGCUCGGUGGGGCUGUUGGUGCCGUCGAUGGAUCUCUCACUAAAGGCUUCGAAGUCAGGACAAGGCCCUGCCGCGGCAGAGGACAUCGGAGCGACGGUGAUCGCCAUUGAUAAGGAUAAUAACAGCCAACGCGCAGUCAAAUGGGCCGUGGAUCACCUCGUAAAGAACUCAUGCACCCUUAUCCAUGUUCGCACCAAGGGAUUUCAUCCCCAAAAUGUUGAAGUUGCCCAUAAAGAAGGAGUCCCUCCAUCGGGCGAAGAAAUGCAUCAAUUUUUUCUUCCCUUUCGAGGAUUCUGCGCUCGAAAAGGGAUAGAAGCAAAGGAGUUGGUUCUGCAUGACCUUGAUGUCCCAAGCGCCCUUACUUAUUAUAUCAUUAACAAGUGUAUCAGAAACGUUGUUGUUGGUGCUUCUCACCGUAAUGUUAUUACGAGGAAAUUCAAAGAUGCAGAUAUCCCAACUUGCUUAAUCAAGUCUUUGCCUGAAUCCUGCUCAAUAUACGUUAUAUCAAAAGGAAAAGUACAAAAUAUCAAACCAACUGGUCAGAAUCAAAGUUAUCGCAUCAUAGCGACUAAAUCUAUAAGAGACAGUCACCGGGGAAAUUCUCAGGCUGAUGAUUCGCAGAGGUUCCCUAAUAUCCCAGAUUCUGAAGAAGAAAACAGAGAUUCAGUUAGCCAUGCAAGUGGACAGGGCUCAACCCUGGAUGGAGAGUCUAAUAGUCAAAAUCAUACCUCUGCACAAAAUGUACAGAAUGAAUCAAAUGGAGAAGAUGAUUCAUCAGUAUCAAAUCAAAAUCCAUAUUCCUUUAUUAGUGAUAUGUCGGGGCCGAAUAGUUUUCAAUCAGAUGAUAAGUUCCAUGAAAACCAAGUACUCGAGAACUCGGACAGCUGCAGGAGCCUAUCUUCAAAAAGCCCAAAAGCCUUGGAGAGAGAAAUAAGAAAAUUAAAACUGGAACUGAAAAAAACGAUGGAGAAGUAUAGUUUAGCUUGCAAAGAAGCUAUUGAAGGAAAAAAGAAGGUAAUGAAGCUUGAACAGAUUAGGGAAGAAGAAGGACGCAACUUAGAAAGAGCCAUGCUCGCUGAAGAGGCUGCAUUGGCUUUGACAGAGGUAGAAAGAGAGAAAACCAUGGCUGCAUUGGAGUCAGCACAAAUGGCAAAACUCCUAGCAGAAAUGGAGGCUGAGAAGAGAAAGCAGGCAGAAAUGAAGGCUAUGCAUGAGGAAGAGGAGAAGAAAAAAGCAGUAAAUGCACUUGUACAGAAUUUUAUCCGAUGUAGAAGAUAUGAUAUUUCAGAAAUUGAGGUUGCAACAAACCACUUUGACAAUUCAUUGAAAAUUGGUGAAGGUGGAUAUGGACCUGUUUUUAGGGCAAUGCUCGAUCACACUGUUGUUGCCAUCAAGGUCUUGAGACCAGACAUAGCAUCUGGGGAGAAGCAAUUUUUCCAAGAGGUUGAAGUUUUGAGCACCAUAAGACAUCCUAACAUGGUUCUACUCCUAGGUGCCUGCCCAGAGUAUGGAUGCCUUGUGUACGAAUAUUUGGAAAAUGGCAGCUUAGAAGACCGUCUCUUCCAGAAAGAUAACACCCCACCAAUUCCAUGGAAACUUCGAUUCCAGAUUGCGGCAGAAAUUGCCACUGGCCUUCACUUCCUUCACCAAACAAGGCCUGAACCACUGGUGCAUCGAGACCUCAAGCCCGCAAAUAUACUUUUAGACAAGAACUACAAGAGCAAGAUCAGUGAUGUAGGUUUGGCCAGGCUCGUUCCUCCAUCGGUAGCUAACAAAACCACUCAAUAUCGUAUGACAGCCGCAGCCGGUACAUUCUGCUAUAUUGACCCAGAGUAUCAACAAACAGGAUUGUUGGGUGUAAAAUCAGACAUAUAUUCCUUAGGUGUAAUGCUGCUUCAGAUUCUUACAGCAAAGCAUCCCAUGGGUUUGUCUCACCUGGUUGAAAACGCUAUCCAAACUGGGAAAUUUCCAGAGGUGCUUGAUCCAAGUGUGCCAGAUUGGCCUGUUGAAGAGGCUUUAUCACUGGCUAUGCUGGCUUUGAAAUGUUGUGAAUUGAGGAGACGAGACAGACCAAGUCUUGGCUCAGUCAUUUUGCCGGAGCUGGAUCGACUCAAAGAUUUGGAAGAAGACAGAUAUUUAAAAGAAGACACAGGCAGCAAUGACAGAUUUGAGAGGCGGAAUCAAGAGGCAAUGAGUAGCAGUCUUAAUGUGGACAGGGAGAGAAGGCAGGGGAAACCCGUGAAGUCUCUGAGCAACAAAUGCAGUAGCAGAAGUAAAAUAAGAGAAGGAGGCCUCUUUGCAGCAUCAAGAAAAGAUGUCGAGGAACUUACAGACAAGCAAGAUACUGAUGAGAUAGGAAGCUGCUGGUCUUUUGGAAGUAGCUCCCCCAUUCACUCACAUUCCUUGUAAGUUCAAUCAUGUGCUGUGUUGUCUCUAUGAAUUGUAAGAGACCAUACUUUCUCUGGUAACGUAAACAGAAGAGCCCCAUUUUUAUAAUCAUCAUCAUCACCACCACUUUCCUCAAGUCAAGUUGGCCAAAACAAUAGGCCGGGCUCACUGAGUUGAGGAAAAAGUGAUCAUACAGAAUAUAACUGUUGGAGAAAAUUUAAUUAUUUUGUCGCUUAAUGUACUUCAAAAUUAUCUUCA